CGCCUGUCAAGAAGGAGUCCACGCCAUGAGCUCCAAGCGACCAGCAGACGAGCAGGCGACAACCUCUGCCAGAAAGCGCCGCAACUUCCACAACAGUACCCAGCGCAGCGGCAAGAACUCCCACGCGGCCGUCGACCAGACCUACGGCCAGCGCAAUGCUUUCGGCAGCCUCGACGAGAUAGGCACCACUGCGCCUGCUGCCGACAGCGACCUGGACUGCGAGGACGAUACAGAGGCUCUGGCCUAUCUGCGACUUGUUCGACAGGAAGCGUCCGGCAUCCCGCACGUCAUCGUCGCCAAACGAGCAGGACCACAGCCACCACCGUCAGCCUCACUUGCGAGCACGACACAGGAUGUCGAUCGAGACAUCUACAAUGAUGGCACGGGAGACUUUAGGGGCUAUUACCACGACGGGGCAUACAUUGCCUACCCUGAUGACUACACGGGGACUCCCGGAUCUGAGGACGAAGAAGAUGACUCCUACGGGAGCCAAGAGAACGACGACGAGGCCGGCAAAGGCCUUGAGGAUGUUGACGACAGCUCAAACUGGAGCGGUGACAGCGGACAACGCCGCCCUCACAACAGCAGUGUGGACGAGAUAAGGCAAGCUUACUUUACGUCUCUGACGCAGAGGUACUUAUCGCUCCGUGAAAUCGUCCAGCGACAACCACCAGAUAGUGCCGUCGCUGCCCUGCCACGAACGCACCCCACAGAUGUCGACGGAUUCAACGGGUCAUCGUCGGCCUUCCCACAAUGGUCGGGACGGCUCCGAGGGACGGAUCCAAUGCCGGUACAGAUCGCGGCCAUGCACAAGGACAGCAUCAUCCGCUUGUUGCGCAUCAUACUGGGCGGCAAGUUUCUCAGGAAACGCGUCGAGCUGCGAGCACGCACAAGCACGUGGAUCUGGGCACUGCUCGCUCGGCUGCCCGACAGAGGUGAGCUGGAUUACCAGGAGAUCGGCUGGAUUCGUGAGUUGGGAAAACGUGCCGUGCUACUCAUGAUCGGUCUUGCGGAGGCGCAAGUGCUGCAGGAGGAGUAUGGCGUCGGUGGCAGCGAUGACGAGAACGAUGGCGAUGUCGAUGUGGACGAGCUCUUUGAGGAUGACACUGGAUCCGAAACCGCUGGUCCCGAUGAAGCCAGCCUCGGAGUCACCGCUGACUCGAAAUCUGGUCCAAAUGGCACCGCCGACCCCAGACCACAAACCGCAAACACAGAUGAGAACCAAGACGACGAUGCGCCAAUGGAUCUGGAUGAUGGUGAGAUUUCCGACGACAAUGUGGAACCGCCAAAGGACCAUUCUGGCCUGGAAGAUAUGAAGGCGCGUCUUUUGGCACAGCUUGACGACGACGACGACGACGAUGCCGCCGUUGUUGUCGAGCCGGAGCCACAGAGCGUAGAGCCUUCGUCACAUGAUGACGAGCCUCAUGGGGAGCAACAAGACUCUGCCGUUAAUGCGGCACAGAUGAACGUUCGUGCCACGUUGAACAUGAUCCUGACAGUGGCGGGUGAGUUUUAUGGCCAGCGAGACCUGCUCGAGUUCCGGGACCCCUUUGGCUCCUUGUAGCAUUCAUGAGACUUCGCGGCGUGGUGCCGCCGCUACUACUGCUGCUGCCAUCCGUGUCUUGAGGCUCAUCACUGCGAGAUCUUCUGGCAUCUGUCCCGUGUUUCCUGACCAAAUCAGGAGUUGUCUGUACUCGAGCCGAGCAACCAGCCUGUGGCGUCGUCUGACGAGCCUCCAAAUGAUGGUGGUGCUGUGUAUAUUUCACAGAACAUUCGCGAUAUAUUUGCCAUGUGGUUGGUUGGCUGGCGUUCAGCGCUGAGGAUACCCUAAUGUCGUAGCACCGCAAAUGGGACCAGG